CCUACAAACAUUUAUUUAUUUAUUACAGUAUUUAUAACAAAGUAUUAUUCUCACAAUCUCACCUCUGUAGAUAUACCUACAAACAUUCCUUACCGUCAUCGUCAUUUUUAAACUUGCAGAGUUGCGGCAAAGUAGUAAGUAUUAUUACUUAGGAGCAGAGAGAGUGGAGGAUGGCACGUUUGGUAAUGCCGUACAAGGUUUCAACUUUGUCAAAGACGUGUCUCUUCGGUUUGAUCUCCUCUGCUCCUUUCCAGGGUUGUCGUCUUAGUCAAGUUGCGCUUUCCGUAAGGAGUAGCUAUAGACACAGGCAAUCCUUUACUUCUAAGGUUACAGAUUGGAGGAAGUGUCGUUUUCCAAACUUGUCAUUUCCUAAUCAAAGAACAACCAACAAGAGAUAUAUCUGUUCUAUUGCAACUGAACCAGUAGUGCCUAUGAAAGUUGAGGAAUCUAAGAUGGAAGAACCACAAGAAGUCUUUCUCAAGGAUUACAAGCAGCCCGACUACUACUUUGAUACGGUGGAUUUGAAUUUUUCACUAGGUGAGGAGAAAACAAUCGUCUCUUCAAAAAUUGCUGUCAUCCCCAGAGUUGAAGGUGGCAUUUCAUCCCCACUUGUUUUGAAUGGACAUGAUCUGAAGUUGAUUUCCAUACUUGUUAAUGGCAAUGCACUGAAGAAGGUAGAUUUUCAAUUGGACUCAAGGCAUUUGACUAUUGCUUCACCUCCAAGUGGCAAGUUCACUUUGGAAAUUGUUACAGAAAUAUAUCCGCAGAAAAACACAUCAUUAGAGGGUCUUUACAGGUCGUCUGGUAACUUCUGCACACAAUGUGAAGCUGAAGGUUUCCGUAAAAUUACGUUCUAUCAGGACCGUCCUGAUAUUAUGGCAAAGUACACUUGUCGCAUUGAAGCAGAGAAAUCCUUGUAUCCUGUGCUGUUAUCUAAUGGAAACCUUGUUGAGCAAGGAAAUCUAGAGGGAGGAAGACAUUACGCCAUUUGGGAGGAUCCUUUCAAGAAACCUAGUUAUCUCUUUGCAUUGGUUGCCGGACAGUUGAUAAGUAGAGAUGACACAUUUAUGACUCGGUCUGGCAGAAAGGUCUCCCUUCGAAUUUGGACCCCUGCACAGGAUUUGCCCAAGACAGCACAUGCUAUGUAUUCACUUAAAGCUGCCAUGAAAUGGGAUGAGGAUGUGUUUGGUCUUGAGUAUGACUUGGAUCUUUUCAAUAUUGUUGCCGUACCAGAUUUUAACAUGGGAGCAAUGGAAAACAAGAGUUUGAAUAUAUUCAAUUCCAAACUUGUCUUGGCUUCUCCUGAAACUGCAACUGAUGGAGAUUAUGCUGCAAUUUUGGGGGUUAUUGGGCAUGAGUAUUUCCACAACUGGACUGGUAAUAGAGUGACAUGUCGUGACUGGUUCCAGCUUAGUCUGAAGGAAGGUCUAACAGUCUUCCGUGAUCAGGAAUUUUCUUCUGAUAUGGGAAGUCGUACUGUGAAGAGGAUUGCUGAUGUUUUAAAGCUUAGAAUGUAUCAAUAUCCACAGGAUGCAGGUCCCAUGGCUCAUCCUGUGCGGCCUCACUCUUAUAUCAAGAUGGAUAACUUCUACACUGGUUAGUGUAUGAAAAGGGGGCUGAAGUUGUCAGAAUGUACAAAACCUUGCUGGGAAGUGAAGGAUUCAGAAAAGGAAUGGAUUUAUAUUUCAACAGGCAUGAUGGGCAAGCUGUAACUUGUGAAGACUUUUUUGCAGCAAUGCGAGAUGCAAAUAAUGCAGACUUUGCUAAUUUUUUGUUAUGGUACUCUCAAGCUGGAACACCUCUCGUAAAGGUUACUUCUAUUUAUAAUGCUGAUUCUCAUACUUAUUCUCUAAAGUUCAGCCAAGAUGUCCCUCCCACACCCGGGCAGACUUUGAAAGAGCCAAUGUUUAUUCCUAUUGCGCUAGGUCUUUUAGACUCAAGCGGUAAGGAUAUACCUUUGUCAUCAGUGUACUCUUCUGGGAGGUUGGAAAGUAUUAGCACUGGCCAACCAGUCUACACUACAGUUCUUAGGCUAACAAAGAAAGAAGAAGAAUUUGUGUUCAAUGACAUAAGGGAGAGGCCAGUCCCAUCUAUACUACGGGGGUUUAGUGCUCCCAUCAGGCUUGAGUCUGAUCUUACUGAUGCGGAUCUAUUUUUCCUUCUCGCUCAUGACUCUGAUGAGUUCAACAGAUGGGAAGCCGGGCAGGUAUUGGCAAGGAAGUUGAUGCUCAAGCUUGUCGCUGAUUUCCAGCAAAACAAGCCCUUGGCUCUUAACCCGCAAUUUGUGCAGGGAAUAAAAAGUAUCCUUAAUGAUUCUAGUUUGGAUAAGGAAUUCAUUGCAAAGGCAAUAACUUUGCCUGGGGAUGGAGAGAUCAUGGACAUGAUGACUGUGGCUGACCCUGAUGCUGUUCAUGCUGUUAGAACCUUCAUUAGGAAGCAAAUUGCUGCUGAAUUAAAAGAAGACCUUCUCAGAACGAUAAGAGAUAAUACGAGCUCUCAACAAUAUGAAUUUAAUCAUCAUGAUAUGGCGAGGCGUGCUCUAAAACAAAUUGCUCUUGCAUAUCUCGGGUCACUUCAAGGCCCAGAAAUUGUUGAGCUGCUUUUGCACGAGUAUAAAGCUGCAGCAAAUAUGACAGAUCAAUUUGCUGCUCUGGUGGCUAUUGACCAGCAGCAUGGUCAAACUCGGGAUGAAGUUUUGGCCGAUUUCUAUGAGAAGUGGCAGCAUGACUUCUUGGUCGUAAAUAAAUGGUUUAGCCUCCAAGGUGCAUCAGCCAUUCCUAGUAAUGUUGAAAAUAUAAAGAAACUGUUGAACCACCCAGCCUUUGACUUGUGCAAUCCAAACAAGGUGUAUUCAUUGAUUGGAGGAUUUUGUGGGUGUCCUAUUAACUUCCAUGCGAAGGAUGGAUCGGGCUACAGAUUCUUAGGAGAACUUGUGGUGCAGCUUGACAAACUUAAUCCCCAGGUGGCUUCCCGGAUGGUGUCAGCCUUCUCCAGGUGGAAGCGUUAUGAUGAAACCAGACAAGCUUUUGCCAAGGCACAGUUGGAGAUGAUCUUGUCAGCGGAGGGGCUCUCGGAAAAUGUAUUUGAAAUUGUUUCAAAGAGCUUAGCUGCCUGAUUGUUUUGCGGAUUUCUCGCCUUUUUUUUCUUUUUCUCCCUGAACCGAUAGCUCAACUGCCUCUGCUUGCUAUGAAUCUAUGAUAUCAUGUGGAAUGAUUUAAAUUUUCCUCGAAAGGGGCGACUUGUUGUUUAUAAUGAAUUGAAAUCAUAGUAGGUUGUUUCAUUAGUGUCUAUCCAGAUCUUUUUCUGUUUUAGUAAAUACAUAUGGUAAGAGAAAAUAUUGGAAAUGGUCAAAUAAUCCCAUAUAUCCGUUUGAUAGGGGUGCACACAGCCCGGCAGCCUGGUCUGGUCCUGAACCGGGUGUGGCACUUUUCAGGACCGGACCGGGUCCAUUUUUUGGGUUUCGGGCCUGGGACCGGCCUUGUCCGUCCAAGAGGGGUACCCGGUCCCGGUUCAAAUAUUUGGGGACUGAACUGGGCGGUUCCGAUCUUGACCGGCGUUUUUUUAGCCUUGGAAAUGGGCAAAAGUAAAAAAAAAUAUAACGGCACCGGUUCAAGAACCGCGACUGGACUGCCCGGGUACCUGGAAUCGACCCUGACCUGUAAAUAACAGAGUCGGACAUGGGCUUGGGACCGGGAUUGAGUGCACGCCUAUGUUCGAAUGCUCAACUUGCACUGAAAUUUAAAAAAGCUUCAAUUUACACUACAAAUUAGAGAAGGUGCAAUUUACUUUCAAUUCACUGCCGUGUCACUUGUUGAGAUGUCAACUGCGCAUAGGGAUGGACCGGUUCCGGUUCGGGCCUCGGUUCAUGAAGGGGAGGCUCGGAACUGGCCUGGGUAACCCCCGGGUCCGGGCCGGGCUUCGGUUCUAAUUUUUUUUUUGUGGCUUUUCCUAGUUAACCCCCAACCCUCCCCCUCACCCCCAAACCAACCCAAACCACCUCAAAUGGCCCAAAAUACCCAGUCCAACCCAAAAACUUAAAAAAAUUCAAAAAAAAAAUGACCCGGCCCGGGCCUGAAUCGGCCGGGCCGAUUCACCUUGUGAGUUGUGAAGGGCCCGAGCCUGAACCGCCAUCCCACCGGGCCGGGUGGCCUGAACCGGUCAAUUAACCGGUUCACCGGGCCGGUCCGGGCCCGCACAGUAGCGGGCCGGUUGGCCUGGCCCGAGUCCACUCCUAACUGCGCAUCUAAUAUUCUAAUGUGACAAUCCAAUGAGUCAAAUAUGUUCUUGAAUCUCACCAAGUUGAUCAAUUC